UGUCGUUUCACUUUCAAUAUUAUUCUGUGCCUUUGUGGUAGUGUGGUCUUAUCCAUUCUAAUAUUAACUACUAUGUGUGCAACCCGCAGUGUUUUAAUUCUUGUUUUCUUUAGACGUUUUUUAGACGAAUAAUAAGUUUUCUAAUUUUUAUACACAUUUUAUCCUACAGUCUUAGUUUUGACGUCUGUUUUCGACUGUACACGUGCCAAAAGUAUCGAUGAUUUACUAAACGCGAUGACUGGUAGAUCACGAAAACGUAAUACUAACGACAGAUUUCACUAUUUCAAUUCUCGAAAUGAAUAUGAUGAUCAAAAUUCAAGGCCUAGCACUAGUCGAGGAGGUGAUGGGUGUUCAGAUCAUUACGGUUGUACUAAAAAGGUGACAUUCAAAGCAAAUAACUGCAGAGGUAAUCAUUUUCGUAAAAGUUGGGAUAAUAAAACUGAACUGGUUCGUGAUCAUUUGGAUAGUGAAUUUUUUAAUCGAAGUAGACCACCUAAAAAUAAUACUGGCCGACGGUCUUUUCCUAAUAGAAAUCAUAAUCGUAAUGGUCAUGGUAACUUCAGAAACUCACGGUCUUUAAAAGAAAGUAGUACUGGAUGGUACUCAGUAUAUGUACCCAAUGUUGAAGAUAGUGAUGAAGUCUUACAAAUAAUCCAAAAUUAUAUUGCACCUGUUGAAUUUUAUCCAUAUAAUAAACAAUAUUUUGAUAAUGCAUUAAGAUUUCUUGUUGAUGAUUAUAAAGUUGCUAAAGCAUUGCACAACACUAGUUAUAAGAUAACACUAAGAGAUGAUCGAAAAUUAAUUAUAAAAGUGUUAUUAUAUUCACCUCCACGUGGUGCAAUAUCAUUCACACCAGUAUCCAGUAAAAUAAGGGGAAAAAUGAUAGAAGCUAUGGCAACCCGUUACAAUGGCAGUACCAAGAGUUUGGAUUUGUCACGUUUUUAUGCUUGUCCAUUAUUUACCAAUAAUCAACUGUUUGUACCAUUAAAUCGACCAGCAGUUCUUUUGGUAGCACUCAAUAUGGCUGCUCAACAUACCAAACAUGAUUUGUAUGGUUUGAGUCUUGAAAAUAAUCAUAUUUAUUUAGGUGAAGGACUUAUAUGGAUACGUAGAUUGUUUCCUGAACUGAAAGUGUUGGAUUUGGCUGGGAACAAAUUUUCUGAUUUAAAAGAACUAAGGUGUCUCUCUGGUUAUACUAUUGAAGUGCUGAACUUAUCAAGAAAUCCUGUGUGCGAUAUCAAAGACAAAAAGCAUUACAAGCGAGAUGUACAACAAUGUUUUCCUAUGCUAACUAAGUUGGAUAACUCAGAACUACCAUCUCGGUACAGUGCGAUAAGAUCCAAGUUCAAAAUGCCAAUUAACUUGGGUAAUUGUUACCCAGUACCAGAAGGUCAUAAUUCUGAACUGCCAAAUCCUGUGAUGACCUUAGUUGAAUCUUUUCUCACUCUUUAUUAUGAACUGUAUGAUAAUCAAGUGUCCAGACAAAUGGUUUCAAAUGCUUACCAUGAAAAUGCUACAUUUACAUUAUCCAGUGGUUUUCUAUUUAAACAUAUUAAAGGAAAUUUAUCACAAUACUUACAUGAAAGUAGAAAUUUCUUAAAAUCUAACAGACACAAACAAGGAAGACGUCAUUUUUUACACAAAGGCAAAGAAAACAUAAUUAACUGUUUAGACGAAUUACCUAAAACCAAGCAUGAUCUUGACUCAUUCAUAGUUGAUGUUCCUUUGGCAACUACUGCAAUGGUUCAGAUUGUACUCAAUGGUGUGUUUUCUGAAGACUUUAAAGAAACAAAUUACAAGCAUGUAUUCCGAUCAUUCUGUAGAACAUUCUGUAUAGUGCCAGUUGGAAAUGGUUGGAGUAUAAUUAGCGAUAUGUUUUUUAUAACAAUAGUCACUGAAGAAUUAUUAUUAGAAUCUUCUAAACGAUUUCAUGUUUUCAAACCAAAAUCAUCAGAAAUAAAUAAUUCCAAUUACAACAGUAACCAAAAUGUAACAAUGUUUAUGGAGGAUACUGAUGAAAUGGCUGGCAUGGAAUCAUCUUUGUCAUCUUGUCAACAUUCACCCACACCCAGCUACCUACCACUAUCUUCUUUUCAGCAACCCACAUUUUCAUCUUACCAGCCUUUACCAAUGAAUGUUUCUAUGAAUCCACAACAGCUAUUACCAUAUCAAAAAGGUAUGCAGAUAUCCGUUCCACAUAUCUCACAAAUAUCACCUUCUGCUACUCUAAGUUUCCAACUAGACUCACAACAGCAGUCAAUUGCUACUUUUCCUAUGUUUAACACAAUAUCACCGUCAACUCCUGCCUCCUUGUCUGUAAAUCAAUUGUCUACUGGAGUGCCUAUAAAUGUGAUCAGCGAUGUUAAUGUAAAUCCUGAAAAGAUAUCCAUGGUUAAGAGUUUUUCAAAUGAGUCUGGAAUGAAUAAUGAGUGGGCUAAAAAGUAAGUCAUUACAUAUGUUU